GCUAGCGAGCCCCGGACUGUCGCCACUGUGCAAGCCGGUGGGGUAGCUCUUCUGAGUCACAUCACACAUCCGUUUGUUCUACCUUUCACACCGCCUGUCACGUACUAACCUCAGGAACAUCGUUCGGCAAUGGAAGAUACCUCCUUCGCGUAUUCACAAGCCACGACUCGUGCCCGUGCUCGAAAGAAUCGAAGAAGUAAUGGCAGACGCGAACCGCCCUUGCUGAUAGACCUCGUAGAUCGUUGCAAAGCGGAUAUCGAAUCCAAUGGCUGGAUAACGACUUGUCUGGGUCUCUUACAAGACGCCCUGCGGAGGACUAAUGUAUCAUGUCCUGAUGUGCUGUGUCUUGGUCUGGGGAGUCCCUCAUCGUCCCGUGAGGCCCGAGCGCAACUGGCUUUCCUCAUCAGUUCAUGCACCAUCUUGGAAAUAGGUCCAUCAAAUGUUUCCGUAUAUGAUCCAGUGUUUACGGAUGCAGAUAAGGCAUUAUUCCAGAGCUUCGGGAUGCGAUGUUUGCCAGACACAGACGGAAAGCAUGCGGUACAACGUCCAACAAUCCUGUAUAUGCCGCAUUGUGACCUGAAGCUGUACGAAAACAUUAUCGGUGCUAAUUGGUCAGAAGAGCAACUGGCGCGCAUCAUCUUCGUUGCGAACCGGUUCAGCGAUUACACCGACAAGUACGUGUACACUAUCACUUGAGAGGGUGAGUUUAUAGACCCCCUCCGCAGCCACCCCCAGUCAAAGUUAGAAGUCGAAUCUCCGUACUUG